GCCUCGACAAGUCUUCAUCUUUAAAAGCGAAAACACAAAAACGGACGAUACCAUUUUACCAACGGUAGUUGCAAGAUUUCCCAGAACAUUGCUGUUCACACCCUCUAACAAACCCCCAACAGCUCCAUUUAUUUCCCUCUUCCGUCUCUUCGUUUUCGUUACCCUAAAUUGUUAUGCAUUUAUUUUCUUGUACUGAAUUCAAGACAUUAUUACCACAGUCAACCACUGCUGAAACCCUAAAAUUGGAUUCUUCUCUCUCUCUCUCUUUACCACCCCUCCUCUUGGGUUUUGAUUUACCUCUCCGAUAUUCUUCAUGGACCUUCCGCUGCUAAGGAAGGGUCUCGAUUUUUCUCGAAGAAAUAAAAAGUGGCUUCUCCUAAUUGCCAUGUUCGGAGCCUCCGGUUACGGUGCUUACAGGGCCUACCAUUUACCCUCCGUGGUUCAGAAGAGGAACCGUCUCGUGAAGCUUCUCAGAGCCUUCGUUUCUGUUGCCGAGUUGGUUUCCAACUCUGCAGACACCGUUUCCCUUCUCUCUAAGGACUUGAAUCAAUUCCUCACUUCUGAUUCCGACCAAAUCCCCAACAGUUUGAAGCAGUUAUCCAAAAUUGCAACAUCGAAUGAGUUCUCGUCGUCGCUGGCAAGGGUUUCGGAGUCUUUAACGCUUGGAAUUUUGCUAGGGCAUAAAUCUCAGGUGAGCAACGAUAAUCCCUCGGAAAUCAGUGUAGACAGUUCUAGCUUUUCGGAUAAGGUGUUGGAUAGGCUUUUCUCCCAGGCUGGAACCGGUUUCGUCUCGGUUGUGGUUGGAAGUUUUGCAAGGAAUUUGGUUUUGGGAUUUUGCUCUCAUGCUGAAUCGGUCGAUGGUAAACUCAAUGCGCGGGCUCAAUCGGAUGUUCCUGGAUGGGUGAGUGUGAUUUCUGAUGAUAGGUGUGGGAAGCUCAUUGGGGACUGUGUACAAAUUUUUGUGAGCACUGCUGUCGCUGUUUUUCUUGACAAAACAAUGGAUGUCAAUCCCUACGAUGAUGUGUUUGCUGGAUUGACCAAUCCGAAACACCAGGAAAAGAUGAAGGGCAUUCUGGUUUCUCUGUGUAAUGGUGCUGUUGAAACUCUUGUUAGAACAUCUCACCAGGUUUUGACAAAUCCAAGUGUGAAAUCGAAUUCAAAUUCAUCUGUGUCUUCUAUUGUUCAAAAGAGUUUAGAUCCAACUUUAACUGAAGAUGGGUGCCUGAAAACUGAAGCAUUUCUUCAGCAACUCCGACUUGGAAGCUCAAUUUCUGGGGCUCAGGAUGCUGGGUGGGUUGAACAGAUUAAAUCAACACUGUCAGUUCCAGCCAAUCGAAGAUUCGUGAUUGACGUGACAGGGAGAGUGACAUUUGAAACAGUGAGGUCGUUUGUGGAGUGUUUGUUAUGGAGAAUAUCAGAGGGAUUCAAAAGGAGUCUUAGUAAAGUUCAUGAUGAAGUUGUGGACAAAGGACUGGAAGUCGUUAGAUAUGUUGGAGCUAAGUCAUCAGUUAUUCUUACCUUCUGUCUUGCUUUGUAUUUACAUAUUCUGGGUGGUAGUAGGAUUCUCUUGCCUGCUUAGUAUGGUGAUUAACCCAACUCCUUGCUUGUAAUGUAGUUGAAAUAUAAUGGAAGCAAAAUUAAUUCUUUAGCCUAUAUA